CCAGGAAGGGAUGUUGUCUUCUUGUUGGAUGGAUCUGAUGGUACUAGAACUGGAUUCCCAGCUAUGCGAGACUUUGUCCAAAGACAAGUCGAGAAACUCAGUGUGGAUGACACCAAAGACCGCGUCUCAGUGGUUCAGUACAGCAGAGAUCCAGCUGUCCAGUUCUAUCUGAACACGUACAAAACAAAAGGCGAGAUCCUCGACACUGUCAGAGCUUUAAGGCACAAAGGCGGAAGACCCCUCAACACUGGAGCAGCUCUCCAGUACUUGAGGGAUAAUGUCUUCACAGCCUCUGCUGGAAGCAGGCGCCUGGAAGGAGUUCCACAGGUCCUGAUAUUGCUAAGUGGUGGAAAGUCUUCUGACAGUGUUGAUGCUCCAGCCUCUGCUCUCAAACAGCUGGGUGUCUUGGCCUUUGCAAUUGGAACCAGGAGCUCUGAUAGCAAAGAACUGCAGACGAUAUCCCACGAUGCCAGUUCUGCUCUAUCGGUGUCUGAAUUCACUGAACUUCCCAGUAUCCAGCAGCAACUUCAGUCCUCAGUGGACUCUGUGGUCAUUGACGUCACCCCAGAAUUACCAACUGUACUUGUUGACACUGCCAAAAAAGAUAUCGUAUUCCUUCUGGAUGGUUCUGAUAGCACAAGGUAUGGCUUCCCUGCCAUGCGUGAUUUUGUUGAGAGAGUGGUGGAGAAACUCAAUGUGGGAGAAAACAAAGACCGUGUCUCUGUAGUCCAGUACGGCAGAGAUGCAGAAGUCCAUUUCUAUCUGAACACAUACACCACAAGAGAGGAUAUUGUGGAUUCGGUCAGAGGGCUGAGACACAGAGGAGGCAGGCCUCUCAACACUGGUGCCGCACUACAAUACGUCAGGGACAAUGUCUUUACAAACUCCUCCGGGAGUAGGCGCCUGCAAGGUGUUCCACAGAUGUUGAUCCUGCUAAAUGGUGGAAGGUCUUUUGACAAUGUAGAUACCCCAGCCUCUGCUCUCAAACAGCAGGGCAUCUUUGUGAUUGGCAUUGGAACAAGGAGCUCUGACAGUGCAGAGCUGCAGAAGAUAUCAUAUGACCCUAGUUAUGCUCUAUCAGUGUCUGAGUUCACUGACCUCAGUGUCCAAGAACAGUUCUCCUCUUUAAUGAGCGCAGUGCUGGUGAGGGCCACGCCCUUGACACCAACAGUAACUGUGGAGAGACGGCCACCAGGAAGGGAUGUUGUCUUCUUGUUGGAUGGAUCUGAUGGUACUAGAACUGGAUUCCCAGCUAUGCGAGACUUUGUCCAAAGACAAGUCGAGAAACUCAGUGUGGAUGACACCAAAGACCGCGUCUCAGUGGUUCAGUACAGCAGAGAUCCAGCUGUCCAGUUCUAUCUGAACACGUACAAAACAAAAGGCGAGAUCCUCGACACUGUCAGAGCUUUAAGGCACAAAGGCGGAAGACCCCUCAACACUGGAGCAGCUCUCCAGUACUUGAGGGAUAAUGUCUUCACAGCCUCUGCUGGAAGCAGGCGCCUGGAAGGAGUUCCACAGGUCCUGAUAUUGCUAAGUGGUGGAAAGUCUUCUGACAGUGUUGAUGCUCCAGCCUCUGCUCUCAAACAGCUGGGUGUCUUGGCCUUUGCAAUUGGAACCAGGAGCUCUGAUAGCAAAGAACUGCAGACGAUAUCCCACGAUGCCAGUUCUGCUCUAUCGGUGUCUGAAUUCACUGAACUUCCCAGUAUCCAACAGCAACUUCAGUCCUCAGUGGACUCUGUGGUCAUUGACGUCACCCCAGAAUUACCAACUGUACUUGUUGACACUGCCAAAGAUAUCGUAUUCCUUCUGGAUGGUUCUGAUAGCACAAGGUAUGGCUUCCCUGCCAUGCGUGAUUUUGUUGAGAGAGUGGUGGAGAAACUCAAUGUGGGAGAAAACAAAGACCGUGUCUCUGUAGUCCAGUACGGCAGAGAUGCAGAAGUCCAUUUCUAUCUGAACACAUACACCACAAGAGAGGAUAUUGUGGAUUCGGUCAGAGGGCUGAGACACAGAGGAGGCAGGCCUCUCAACACUGGUGCCGCACUACAAUCUGUCCAAGAACAGUUCUCCUCUUUAAUGAGCGCAGUGCUGGUGAGGGCCACGCCCUUGACACCAACAGUAACUGUGGAGAGACGGCCACCAGGAAGGGAUGUUGUCUUCUUGUUGGAUGGAUCUGAUGGUACUAGAACUGGAUUCCCAGCUAUGCGAGACUUUGUCCAAAGACAAGUCGAGAAACUCAGCGUGGAUGACACCAAAGACCGCGUCUCAGUGGUUCAGUACAGCAGAGAUCCAGCUGUCCAGUUCUAUCUGAACACGUACAAAACAAAAGGCGAGAUCCUCGACACUGUCAGAGCUUUAAGGCACAAAGGCGGAAGACCCCUCAACACUGGAGCAGCUCUCCAGUACUUGAGGGAUAAUGUCUUCACAGCCUCUGCUGGAAGCAGGCGCCUGGAAGGAGUUCCACAGGUCCUGAUAUUGCUAAGUGGUGGAAAGUCUUCUGACAGUGUUGAUGCACCAGCCUCUGCUCUCAAACAGCUGGGUGUCUUGGCCUUUGCAAUUGGAACCAGGAGCUCUGAUAGCAAAGAACUGCAGACGAUAUCCCACGAUGCCAGUUCUGCUCUAUCGGUGUCUGAAUUCACUGAACUUCCCAGUAUCCAACAGCAACUUCAGUCCUCAGUGGACUCUGUGGUCAUUGACGUCACCCCAGAAUUACCAACUGUACUUGUUGACACUGCCAAAAAAGAUAUCGUAUUCCUUCUGGAUGGUUCUGAUAGCACAAGGUAUGGCUUCCCUGCCAUGCGUGAUUUUGUUGAGAGAGUGGUGGAGAAACUCAAUGUGGGAGAAAACAAAGACCGUGUCUCUGUAGUCCAGUACGGCAGAGAUGCAGAAGUCCAUUUCUAUCUGAACACAUACACCACAAGAGAGGAUAUUGUGGAUUCGGUCAGAGGGCUGAGACACAGAGGAGGCAGGCCUCUCAACACUGGUGCCGCACUACAAUACGUCAGGGACAAUGUCUUUACAAACUCCUCCGGGAGUAGGCGCCUGCAAGGUGUUCCACAGAUGUUGAUCCUGCUAAAUGGUGGAAGGUCUUUUGACAAUGUAGAUACCCCAGCCUCUGCUCUCAAACAGCAGGGCAUCUUUGUGAUUGGCAUUGGAACAAGGAGCUCUGACAGUGCAGAGCUGCAGAAGAUAUCAUAUGACCCUAGUUAUGCUCUAUCAGUGUCUGAGUUCACUGACCUCCCCAGUGUCCAAGAACAGUUCUCCUCUUUAAUGAGCGCAGUGCUGGUGAGGGCCACGCCCUUGACACCAACAGUAACUGUGGAGAGACGGCCACCAGGAAGGGAUGUUGUCUUCUUGUUGGAUGGAUCUGAUGGUACUAGAACUGGAUUCCCAGCUAUGCGAGACUUUGUCCAAAGACAAGUCGAGAAACUCAGUGUGGAUGACACCAAAGACCGCGUCUCAGUGGUUCAGUACAGCAGAGAUCCAGCUGUCCAGUUCUAUCUGAACACGUACAAAACAAAAGGCGAGAUCCUCGACACUGUCAGAGCUUUAAGGCACAAAGGCGGAAGACCCCUCAACACUGGAGCAGCUCUCCAGUACUUGAGGGAUAAUGUCUUCACAGCCUCUGCUGGAAGCAGGCGCCUGGAAGGAGUUCCACAGGUCCUGAUAUUGCUAAGUGGUGGAAAGUCUUCUGACAGUGUUGAUGCACCAGCCUCUGCUCUCAAACAGCUGGGUGUCUUGGCCUUUGCAAUUGGAACCAGGAGCUCUGAUAGCAAAGAACUGCAGACGAUAUCCCACGAUGCCAGUUCUGCUCUAUCGGUGUCUGAAUUCACUGAACUUCCCAGUAUCCAACAGCAACUUCAGUCCUCAGUGGACUCUGUGGUCAUUGACGUCACCCCAGAAUUACCAACUGUACUUGUUGACACUGCCAAAAAAGAUAUCGUAUUCCUUCUGGAUGGUUCUGAUAGCACAAGGUAUGGCUUCCCUGCCAUGCGUGAUUUUGUUGAGAGAGUGGUGGAGAAACUCAAUGUGGGAGAAAACAAAGACCGUGUCUCUGUAGUCCAGUACGGCAGAGAUGCAGAAGUCCAUUUCUAUCUGAACACAUACACCACAAGAGAGGAUAUUGUGGAUUCGGUCAGAGGGCUGAGACACAGAGGAGGCAGGCCUCUCAACACUGGUGCCGCACUACAAUACGUCAGGGACAAUGUCUUUACAAACUCCUCCGGGAGUAGGCGCCUGCAAGGUGUUCCACAGAUGUUGAUCCUGCUAAAUGGUGGAAGGUCUUUUGACAAUGUAGAUACCCCAGCCUCUGCUCUCAAACAGCAGGGCAUCUUUGUGAUUGGCAUUGGAACAAGGAGCUCUGACAGUGCAGAGCUGCAGAAGAUAUCAUAUGACCCUAGUUAUGCUCUAUCAGUGUCUGAGUUCACUGACCUCCCCAGUGUCCAAGAACAGUUCUCCUCUUUAAUGAGCGCAGUGCUGGUGAGGGCCACGCCCUUGACACCAACAGUAACUGUGGAGAGACGGCCACCAGGAAGGGAUGUUGUCUUCUUGUUGGAUGGAUCUGAUGGUACUAGAACUGGAUUCCCAGCUAUGCGAGACUUUGUCCAAAGACAAGUCGAGAAACUCAGUGUGGAUGACACCAAAGACCGCGUCUCAGUGGUUCAGUACAGCAGAGAUCCAGCUGUCCAGUUCUAUCUGAACACGUACAAAACAAAAGGCGAGAUCCUCGACACUGUCAGAGCUUUAAGGCACAAAGGCGGAAGACCCCUCAACACUGGAGCAGCUCUCCAGUACUUGAGGGAUAAUGUCUUCACAGCCUCUGCUGGAAGCAGGCGCCUGGAAGGAGUUCCACAGGUCCUGAUAUUGCUAAGUGGUGGAAAGUCUUCUGACAGUGUUGAUGCACCAGCCUCUGCUCUCAAACAGCUGGGUGUCUUGGCCUUUGCAAUUGGAACCAGGAGCUCUGAUAGCAAAGAACUGCAGACGAUAUCCCACGAUGCCAGUUCUGCUCUAUCGGUGUCUGAAUUCACUGAACUUCCCAGUAUCCAACAGCAACUUCAGUCCUCAGUGGACUCUGUGGUCAUUGACGUCACCCCAGAAUUACCAACUGUACUUGUUGACACUGCCAAAAAAGAUAUCGUAUUCCUUCUGGAUGGUUCUGAUAGCACAAGGUAUGGCUUCCCUGCCAUGCGUGAUUUUGUUGAGAGAGUGGUGGAGAAACUCAAUGUGGGAGAAAACAAAGACCGUGUCUCUGUAGUCCAGUACGGCAGAGAUGCAGAAGUCCAUUUCUAUCUGAACACAUACACCACAAGAGAGGAUAUUGUGGAUUCGGUCAGAGGGCUGAGACACAGAGGAGGCAGGCCUCUCAACACUGGUGCCGCACUACAAUACGUCAGGGACAAUGUCUUUACAAACUCCUCCGGGAGUAGGCGCCUGCAAGGUGUUCCACAGAUGUUGAUCCUGCUAAAUGGUGGAAGGUCUUUUGACAAUGUAGAUACCCCAGCCUCUGCUCUCAAACAGCAGGGCAUCUUUGUGAUUGGCAUUGGAACAAGGAGCUCUGACAGUGCAGAGCUGCAGAAGAUAUCAUAUGACCCUAGUUAUGCUCUAUCAGUGUCUGAGUUCACUGACCUCCCCAGUGUCCAAGAACAGUUCUCCUCUUUAAUGAGCGCAGUGCUGGUGAGGGCCACGCCCUUGACACCAACAGUAACUGUGGAGAGACGGCCACCAGGAAGGGAUGUUGUCUUCUUGUUGGAUGGAUCUGAUGGUACUAGAACUGGAUUCCCAGCUAUGCGAGACUUUGUCCAAAGACAAGUCGAGAAACUCAGUGUGGAUGACACCAAAGACCGUGUCUCAGUGGUUCAGUACAGCAGAGAUCCAGCUGUCCAGUUCUAUCUGAACACGUACAAAACAAAAGGCGAGAUCCUCGACACUGUCAGAGCUUUAAGGCACAAAGGCGGAAGACCCCUCAACACUGGAGCAGCUCUCCAGUACUUGAGGGAUAAUGUCUUCACAGCCUCUGCUGGAAGCAGGCGCCUGGAAGGAGUUCCACAGGUCCUGAUAUUGCUAAGUGGUGGAAAGUCUUCUGACAGUGUUGAUGCACCAGCCUCUGCUCUCAAACAGCUGGGUGUCUUGGCCUUUGCAAUUGGAACCAGGAGCUCUGAUAGCAAAGAACUGCAGACGAUAUCCCACGAUGCCAGUUCUGCUCUAUCGGUGUCUGAAUUCACUGAACUUCCCAGUAUCCAACAGCAACUUCAGUCCUCAGUGGACUCUGUGGUCAUUGACGUCACCCCAGAAUUACCAACUGUACUUGUUGACACUGCCAAAAAAGAUAUCGUAUUCCUUCUGGAUGGUUCUGAUAGCACAAGGUAUGGCUUCCCUGCCAUGCGUGAUUUUGUUGAGAGAGUGGUGGAGAAACUCAAUGUGGGAGAAAACAAAGACCGUGUCUCUGUAGUCCAGUACGGCAGAGAUGCAGAAGUCCAUUUCUAUCUGAACACAUACACCACAAGAGAGGAUAUUGUGGAUUCGGUCAGAGGGCUGAGACACAGAGGAGGCAGGCCUCUCAACACUGGUGCCGCACUACAAUACGUCAGGGACAAUGUCUUUACAAACUCCUCCGGGAGUAGGCGCCUGCAAGGUGUUCCACAGAUGUUGAUCCUGCUAAAUGGUGGAAGGUCUUUUGACAAUGUAGAUACCCCAGCCUCUGCUCUCAAACAGCAGGGCAUCUUUGUGAUUGGCAUUGGAACAAGGAGCUCUGACAGUGCAGAGCUGCAGAAGAUAUCAUAUGACCCUAGUUAUGCUCUAUCAGUGUCUGAGUUCACUGACCUCCCAGUGUCCAAGAACAGUUCUCCUCUUUAA